AAAGGGUAAAGAAAAAGAAGUAUGAUGGUCAAGACUUCACGGAGGAAGACUUACGAUGAUGGAAACCAAUCCAAGCCAAAGCCUAGUUUAAGUAUUUCCGUUCCUUUGAGGAGGUCUAGUUACAUAUUCAAGAGACCAGUUACUAGAAUCACGUCCCAUCCUGACAAUGAGGUCCGAUGCCAUCACUGGGAAGAAACUUUAGAUAAGCCCCAACAGGUCUGGUGGCAGAAGAGGCUGCAAGGACUCCAGGCCUGUGGCAGCACAGGAGAGGUGUUAAGUACUUUGGAUAUUGUCACAACCUUGCAGAAACUUGCACCUAGUUGCACAGGGGUAAUCUUGCCAGGUGUUCUUGGUGAUGGUCUGCACUCCAGCCCUAUGCCAGCGCCUGCCCCGCCUUCAGAUUUUGUAGAGAUGAUUCCAGAACCUGGUCUGCUCUUCUGCAGACAGUUUCUAGUAACAGAGGAAGAUAUCAGGAAACAGGAAAGGAGAGUGAAAAUGGCAAGAGAGAGAUUGGCAAUAGCACUGAUGGCAGACACCUUGGCUAGUGAGGUAGAGAAAGUAAGGGAGCAAGAAGGAAGUCCUGAAAAAGAGAAGAUAAUGCAAAUUAACUGGAACAUGACUACUGAUUAAAAUCUUCUUGAA